CUUUUGUUUUCUUCACCUCUACCUACCCGCCCUCCCCACGAUUGCCAAAUACGACGAUUACCACAGUCAGAAGCAGACAAAGUUCUACAUUUUCUUUACUCCAAGAGACAGCUUCCAUCUGUAUCACCAAUCAAGUCUCUCAAAUAAUAACCCAAGAUGGUUGUCAUGGUCCGUCUUCUCGCUACCGUUAGCGCUGUGAUGGCGCUUGCUGUCGCCGCCAACCCGGUUGCCCAGGGUCCUGGAAUCAUCCGAGAUCCUGCCUGUGGCUCUCUCUGCGCCUUCACCGAGCCGCCUUGCCCCAAGGCUGUCUGCCACGAGGUCCUUCUCGGCAACGGCAAGUGCAAGGCCAUCUUCACCGUUCCGAAGGUCGACAAGGUCGACUCCACCGAUGUCGAGGGCGCGGUCUCCUCGAUUGUUGAAGUCAAGCAAACCAAGAAGAGUGUCGACAACAUUGCCAAGGGUGACAUCAACGCCGACGAUACUCUCCUUACCAAAGACACCUUCAUUUCCAUCAUCAACCACUACAGCACCUCUUCCUUCUCCAAGCGUCACAUUUUUGAGAAAAGCGAGAAGUCCGAGAAGGUCUGUAAGGGACAAGGCGUUACCUGCUACAACCGCGACCAGAAGGCCUUGGCUAAGGACUGCAUGGAAAUAUACAAGCAUGUGGCCAAGACAUCCGGCACCUGGACCUUUUCUGACCUUGAUCUCCGUGGCACCAAGUGGGUUGAGUUCAUGCGCAUCGGCACUUGUCUCAUCGCCGUCGGUUCUGAAUUCGCCAAUGUUCAAGGUUCCCCGAUCAAUGGCAUGAGUUCCAAGAUCGGCAAUCUCGACAUGUUUGGUAUCUUCGCUCAGAGCUUCGAUCACUGCGGCAAGGACGGUAGCAUGGAAGUCAGAGGCAGUAUCGGCUGCAAGGAGUUUCCACUCAGCUUCUGGAUCGUCGCAACGGAAAAGUACGACUGUUGCAAGUCUGACCCGCCUCUGAAGCAUCAAUAGAUGUCUGAAAUCACCAGUAACAUCUAGAAGGUUGGAAAAGGAUACAAGGGAAAACUCGGGAAACUUGGGUUAGCUUUGGUUCACCAUCAUCAACUUUGAGAAUACCGCGAAGGAACUGCGCCUUGGUAGUUGCAGCCCCCUGCGUAGCUAUC